GUCACCAAAUGUCAUAGAGAAUAAUGACACAUGUGCUCUUGUUUUUGUUUUCUUUUCUGACGGUGUGAGGAAACGAUAGAGAUUGUUUUUGAAAUCAUAUUGCACCUGUAACAUUGUUUCGGUUGCAUUUUGGAGAAUAUCAAAUUUGUUACGUUUGUCAUCAAUAGUUUAAACGAAAAAUGGAUUUAAUCAGAACAAUUGAAGAAGAUGCAGAAGUUCAGAACUAUUCGGAAGAUUCAGAUGCUGAAGUAGAUUAUCAGCCGACCAAAAUCCGGCGCAAGAAGAAGGAGGAGUUCAACAACAAUUUCGAAUUCGCUUCAUCCGUGUCCGAGUACAACAAAGACACAUGGGACGAUCUGAUGAAAUAUGUGAAACGGAAGGCUCGCACAAAGACCGACGACAAAAUUGCCGAAAUAAUCAAGAAUCGUAAGGGCAAAGACGAUGAUGAUGCAGAAGAAGUGAAUAGUAGCGAUGGUGAUGAUGACGAUGAUGAAAUCGAUCUGUCGGACGAUGAACUGAAGCAUGACGGACUCCGAUUGAAAGAAAAGAAGAAGAAAAAACUGAAGAAAGCAAAAGUGGAAGACGAAGUCGAUGAGAAUGACAAGGAAUUCUUCGAAGAAGCUACUGAUGGCGAUCAGGUGAAUUCAUUCUAUCAAAUGAAUCUGUCGCGUCCACUAAUGAGAGCCAUCGGAGUAUUGGGUUACAUUUAUCCGACACCGAUUCAAGCGACAACCAUACCAAUUGCCCUUCUUGGUAGAGACAUUUGUGGAUGCGCUGCUACAGGUACCGGAAAGACCGCAGCGUACAUGCUGCCAACGUUGGAGAGAUUACUUUACCGUCCGUUGAACAACAAAACCGUUACGCGAGUAUUGGUGCUUGUGCCGACCCGAGAAUUGGGCGCUCAAGUGUACCAAGUAACGAAACAGUUGAGCCAGUUCACUUCAGUGGAAACUGGAUUGGCCAUUGGUGGGCUGGAUCUGAAGGCACAGGAAACCAUUUUGCGACAGAACCCAGAUAUUGUAAUUGCGACACCGGGACGUUUGAUCGAUCAUAUCAAGAAUACGCCGAGUUUCACACUGGAUUCGAUUGAGGUGUUAAUUCUUGACGAAGCCGAUCGCAUGCUGGACGAAUACUUCGAACAACAAAUGAAAGAAAUCAUCAAGAGCUGCUCGGUGUCACGUCAAACAAUGCUUUUCUCAGCUACGAUGAGCGAACAGGUCAAAGACUUAGCGGCUGUGUCACUGAACAAACCGGUCAAAAUUUUCGUGAACACCAACCAGACCGUUGCGUUCAAUCUCCGCCAAGAAUUCAUUCGAAUCCGCGAGGAUAAGGAGGGUGAACGCGAACCAAUACUGGCUGCACUGGUUUGUCGCACAUUUCACGAUCACUGCAUGAUCUUUGUACAGACCAAACGGCAAGCGCAUCGGUUACACAUUCUGUUGGGACUUCUUGGUAUAAAGGCCGGUGAAUUGCACGGAAAUUUGACACAACAACAGCGGUUGGAGUCGCUGAAAUUGUUCAAAGAGGAACGGAUCGAUAUUUUGAUAGCGACUGACGUGGCAGCUCGUGGUUUGGAUAUUUCUGGUGUGAAGACCGUCAUCAACUUUGUCAUGCCAAUUACAACGGAACAUUACAUUCAUCGAGUGGGUAGAACUGCUCGUGCUGGUCGUGCUGGUAUAUCAGUGUCUUUGGCUGGGGAAAAGGAACGGAAAAUUGUGAAGGACGUCAUCAAAAAUGCCGAAAGUACGGUAAAGAAUCGUAUCAUUCCACCGGAGAUCAUCGACAAGUACAAGAAGAAACUGGCGAAUCUGGAGCCAGAAAUCCAAAAAAUUUUGGACGAAGAAUUUGCCGAACGACAAUUCGCCAAGCUGGAAAUGCAAAUCAACAAAACCGAAAACAGUUUAAAAGGUCUAACGCAACCGCAGCGUGAAUGGUUCCAGACAAUGAAACAGCGCAAAGAGGAAAAGGAAAGGCUUUCAGUGAAUCCGACCGAAACUACCAACAAAGGUAAGGACAAGAAAGAUAAGUCAACCGACGGCAAAGCGAGAAAACGCAGCAAAGGGGAUCACGAAUUCAACAAAAAGAAUACGAAGAAACGACGCGAAGAGAACAUGCAUCCGGAUAAGUUGGCCAAGGCUCGUGUGAUGCGAGAAAUCGAAAAAGUGUCGCUGGUUCGAGCCAAACUAAUGAAAUCGAAAAGUCGACCGGGAAAAUUGAAUGCCAUCCAGGAAGAUGACGAGGCGUCCAAGUCAAAGAUGACCAACAAGCGCCGGUCGAAAUUCAAUCUUGAUUUGACCGAUACGAGUAAUCGCAAGUCGAAGACAUUACGGUAUGAAGCAACCAGACACAAGACCAUGGCGAAAAUUCAGGCCAAAAAGAAGACCAGCACGGUGAAAAUCACCAACAAAGCGGGGAAAAACAAGUUCAACAAAGGGAAAAAUUUCGGUGGACCACGAAAAACUGCAACGAAAGAUAAAAAGAAGAAAUGAACAGCUAUGUGAAUGGGAAGUGCGACGGAUGGAGAUGAAAUAAAAAGUCAAUUUGUAUGCAAGAAGGAA